UUUCGGUUCGGAUCCUAUUUUGGACAUCCGGCGCGCCGUAGCUACCGAGUGUAACGUCAAGAAUGUCGUAGAAGUUGGAGCACAAAGUAAAGAAAUAAACUCCGUUUUGGUUGUUAACAGGAGGAGGCGUCUGUCUGUGUUGAGCUAUGGGCAAUACCAGCGACCGUGUAGCCGCAGAUCGCCAUGGGCCAAAAGCCCAUCGGGCAGAAGGUGGUGCCCAUAAAGACCUUGAACCCAGCAAGAUGGUGGACAGCAUGGACGAUCCGAACAUCUUUAACACGCACAGCCCUGAAGUAAAGGCUCCAGUGGAGAAGGAUUUGCCUCCAGAUUUAAACGACCUGGUGAAGACGGGCCCACAAGAGCGUCCAACCGUGAUCCGCUGGGCAGGAGGAGGGAAAGACGUCUACAUCUCUGGCUCCUUCAACAAUUGGAACACCAAGAUCCCACUUAAUAAAAGCCAUAAUGACUUUGUUGCCAUCCUGGACUUGCCUGAGGGGGAGCAUCAGUACAAGUUUUUUGUUGAUGGGCAGUGGGUUCAUGACCCUUCUAAGCCGGUUGUGACCAGUCAGAUGGGAACCAUCAACAACCUGAUUGAGGUGAAGAAAUCUGACUUUGAGGUGUUUGAUGCGCUGCAGGUGGACUCGCUCGAGUGCUCCGACACCUCCGAUCUGUCCAGCUCUCCUCCUGGUCCUUACGGACAGGAAGUGUACAUGUUCCGUCCAGAGGAGCGCUUCAAGGCUCCACCCAUCCUUCCUCCUCACCUCCUCCAAGUCAUCCUGAAUAAAGACACAAACAUUUCAUGUGAUCCUGCUCUGCUGCCUGAACCUAACCACGUCAUGCUCAACCAUCUUUAUGCACUCUCGAUUAAGGAUGGUGUGAUGGUCCUCAGUGCGACUCACAGGUACAAGAAGAAGUACGUCACUUCUCUGCUGUAUAAACCCAUCUGAGAGUCGACUUCUCUGCUGUACUCCUGCUGCAUCUAGCUGAUAUUGUACUUCACAUUACGUGUGCAGUGGUUCUGCUGGCCGCUGUCUCUCACUCUCACACUAAUGAUGUGUGUAUUCGCCACUGUAUAAUCAGGACUACUGAACUGUACUUCACACCUAGUGAUUGCAAUUGGUUCAUUUUGUUGUUGUUUUUUGGUUCGGUUCCCCCUCCCCAAAGCUGUAAAGCAGAUGCUAAAAUAGGUUUGGUGUUUGAGAGGACUGAUGUGGAUUUCGCAUGUUUUAAAGUAGCAUCACGAUGAUUUAUGACUGAGAUGUGUGUGUGUGUGUGUCACUUUAGAGUUUCCAGUGUUUUUAUUUAUUCAACUUGUGAUUAAUCACAUGGCUAAGUAUCUGCUUGAAGGAUAUAAAAAGGGCUUUGAGGAUUUACGUACAUUAAGUCGUAGAAUCGAGACUGAACAGGCUGAGGGAUUUUCUGCCUAGGCCAAGCCUGAGGUGUAGUUUGAAAAAUAAAUGAAAGAUUUGAAUUGGCUUUUUUCCCCCAGUCACUGAUGCGAUAUGAAUUUUAAUAAGGAUGG